AUGAAGAAACACAUCUUUUUCUUACUUCUUGUUACUCUAUGCUCACCGAUUUUUGGCGAUUCUCCCCCCACUGGAUACACCGGUGGAUUCCCUUAUUUACCUGCAUCACAGCCCAUUAAUAAUGUGACUACUAAUCAACCUAACGCUAAACAACCAAAUCAACCACAGAGAGCUUGUACAACCACUCGUGCGGGUGAGUUGAUGCAGUUCACAUUAGAAUUAGUGAAAGCAGAGAACGGGAACUCAUCUGAACCAUGUGUACUUGCUAAUAAGGGAAAAGGAAUCUUUCAGGUUCCUUCUGCUGCUAGAGCAUACCGCUCUGUCGCUGUAGGCAUGUAUAAUGUUUGGUCUAAAUUUGAUCGAACUGCUGUUACUACAUUUCAUCGCCACGAUCCCUUCCGCAGACUAAAUGGUACAGAAGAGCGAAAACAACAAAUGAUCACCUACGCUGCUUUCUAUGUUCUUCAGUACCUUCUACCCGAAGGCGUGCAACGCAACAACACAAUGCAGUUUUUCAACUCCCAUUACAAUACAGACUUUAAUUCAGCUGACGCAAGGCUUGCCCAAAAGAUUACCGAAAGACUUAUUGCACAGUUAAAAGUGGAUGGUUUUAACCAAGCAGGAUGUUAUGCUGACACUACGGGAUAUAAACCAUCCAAUCCACCAACAGAUCUAACAAAUAGCAGCACAAUUGAUGCUUCCCGCUUGAUUCAAAGAAAAAAGUACCACUGGUCACAGGAAAUUCGUGAUGGCGAUGUUCCUACGCCACGUCCAUUUAGCGAACCACAGACAUCUAGAGGCAAACCUUUCAUUUCACCCGAGACGCUCAAAUCACUGUUGCCUCCAACACCAAACUAUACAACAUUCGAUGCACAGUACAAAGAGCUUGCAGAGGUUCAAAUUAAUGACACAAAGAAGAUCAUUGUUGAAUACUGGGCCGAUGGACCAAAUGGUUUUUUAGAGCCAGGAACUUGGCAAUCGUUUGCACUAAAAGUGAUUAUUCGAAAGUGCUAUAAUUUGGAUGAUGCUGUGAAGUUAUUGUUUACAACUACAAACGCAGUUUACGAUGCAGGCAUUGUUGCUUGGACUAUGAAACGCUUGUACGACACAGCACGGGCAUCCACUUUCGUUCCAACAUAUCUCCCUAAUCUCACUCUUCCUAAUGCAUUCCUAGGUCACUAUUGUGGUUAUGGUAAUAUUAGCGGCGAACAGUGGCAGCCGUAUCAAGCCAAGAAUUUUAUCACGCCACCUUUCCCAGGUUAUGUUUCUGGGCAUGCUACCUUUAGCAGAGCUACAGCUGAAGUUCUGCGUCUCUUCACUGGAUCAAACACCAUCCCAGGAGGACCUUUUCAAUUUACUGCUCCGAAAGGUGGAUCAAUUUAUGAACCGCUCUGCGAUAAUAAUAAUAAAACUGUAUCUGGAGCAUCCUGCACCAUUAUGAAAUGCAGACUUAAUUCGAGUUUAAACUCGGAAAACAAUUUCACUCCAAAAGAAGAUAUAACUCUUACGUGGUCCCAAUUCACAGAUCUAUCAGAUGAGUCUAGUCAAUCACGACUUUAUGCUGGAGUCCAUAUUAGGGAUGAUACUCAACAGGGAAUUGAAGCCGGCAAGAAAUUAGGUCCCGAAGUCUAUAAAACUGCACAAAACUACUUUACAGGUCAUGUUUGA